AUGUCGCCAAACGGUGCCCGCAAAGCCGCUUCCUCUAUUUACGACCAAUCCCGCUUUCCUGGUCAUUCCACCGUAACCAGACCGUCGUUCAUCUCCAACGAACAGUACGAGAAGUUCUUCACCGAGAGAGAGAGAACGGUGCCUUGCACGUUCAUCCCAAAGAAACAGUAUCUGAAGCAGAGUAACCCUGGAAAUUGGCGAGAGAAUGAUGUCACUGAUGUCAACCCGGAAAAGGACGCCUCUGCGCCGGAAUCUCCGCUCAUCAACCAACUCGACGACAAGACGCUUGCAGCCUUCCCGACGGGCCGACCUAUGGAAGACAAGGCAGAUCUCGUGCAGUGUAAGCAUUGCAAAAGGCCAGUUUCACGCAUUGCCUCAGCGGCCCACAUCAAAGAGUGUCUCACGAAGAAGACGGAGAAGCUCCGAAAGAAGAAGGAAGCAAAGGAGGCUAAGGAUGCUGCAGCACGAAAGGAAAAAGAUGAAAAAGACGACGACGAGGGUUCGCAGUCAAAAGGAGCUCGUAAGAGUGCUGUGAAAGGAGCAAAUACUGACAGUGCAAAAAAGGGCAAGAAGAGGAAAGCGGACGGGGAUGGCGACAAGCAGCCGAAUGCGAAGAAGAAGAAGAAGGACGAGCCGAAGCCGAAGGCAGGAAAGCCUAAAGGUCCCGUCGACGUGGAGAGACAGUGUGGUGUCGCCCUCCCGAACGGAGGCCAGUGUGCCCGAAGCUUGACUUGUAAAAGUCAUUCGAUGGGCUUGAAGCGAGCUGUCCCUGGUCGAAGCUUGCCAUAUGAUGUUCUUCUACAGCAGUACCAAAAGAAAAACCAAGCUAAGCAACAACGUGCGGCCAUUGAAGCAAAUGCUCCUCUUGUCGACGAUCUCGACGCCGAAGGCGGACCUAUCGACUCGGAUGAGGAAAAGGAGGCAAUCAUGGCGGCCAUCGCUCGGUCGAACCCUCAGCCCAUGGCUACUCGAGUUCCUAUUGCGCUGAACCGUAAGUACGGCUAUAUCCGGAUGAAAGACAUGUUCCGCACCUCCUUUACGCCUGCACGUAUGGGACGCGUCGACAAUAAUAAUAACAAUAAUAAUAAUACGAACAACAAUAACACAAACAACGCAAACAUGGGCAGCAACACUGGACCGACGCCUAUUGACACCACAGUCGCGUCGAACAACCAUGGAGGCGGCAUGCUGAACAGUGCGGCGCUGACAUCAGCGGGCCUCGACAGCAACUUUGGCAACUUUAGUCCGAUCAUGAACGGGGGCGACGUGCAUGAGCGUCGGCGGGUUCCAGACGGUCAAUUCCAUGGUGGACCGAGAUCGAUCAUGCCCGGACAGCUGCCCGGACCUGCAAGUCGGAAGCCGAGCCUUACUGCUGGCGGUGCUUGA